GGAGGAAGCUGCAAAUUACCACCACUGUGGUGAUGCUUCCAGAAAUCACCCCAGGGGUGGCGGAUGAAGAACAGCCCCGGUUCCCUGUGAAGGAAUUAAUUGUGCCAGAGCUUCACAGAGUGAGGCUGGCACGUGGAGGCAGAAGAGCAGGACCUCAGCCUUCCCAUGAUCGUCUCCUUAUUAAAGGAGGGAGAAUAGUCAACGAUGACCAGUCAUUCUAUGCCGACAUUUACAUGGAGGAUGGCCUCAUAAAGCAGAUUGGAGACAAUCUGAUUGUCCCUGGAGGGGUCAAAACCAUAGAAGCCAAUGGGAAGAUGGUGAUCCCUGGAGGAAUUGAUGUCCACACUCGCCUGCAGAUGCCGUACAAGGGGAUGACAGCUGUGGAUGAUUUCUUCCAAGGAACGAAAGCGGCCCUAGCUGGUGGAACCACCAUGAUCAUGGACCAUGUGGUGCCGGACCCCGAGUCCAGCCUGGUGGAGGCAUUGGAGCGGUGGCGGGAGUGGGCUGACGGGAAGGCCUGCUGCGACUAUGCGCUGCAUGUGGACAUCCCCCGCUGGAGCGACCGCGUCCGGCAGGAGCU